CAGCAUUCAGGUACAGCUGUUUUUUCCGAAUGCAGUGGUUAUAUCAAUGAAGACACCCAAUGUAUCAGGAAAUGGCAUUACUGGCAGGUAAAGCAGAGUCUGACUUCACAGCAUUCAGAUUCAAAAACCUGGAGAACUUAUGUGAAGUGCGGACCAGGAAAGGAGUGUUCUACAAAACAGCUAAGCUCCUUCAUCCAGGUGAGGAGAGACGUUACAGAGGGCAGGUGGAGGACAGAGUGCGGCAUGUAAUUAUUAAUGUAGGUGGUAUCAAGUAUAGGAUUCCAUGGACUACCUUGGAAGAUUGUCCUUUGACACGUCUUGGAAAACUUAAAGCUUGCAAUAACUAUGAUGAAAUAAUGGAUGUCUGUGAUGAUUAUGACAUAAACUGCAAUGAGUUCUUCUUUGAUCGGAAUCCAUGUGCCUUCAGGACUAUUAUGACUUUCUUGGCAGCUGGGAAGCUGAGGAUACUUCGGGAGAUGUGUGCUUUGUCCUUUCAGGAAGAGCUUGUAUAUUGGGGUAUAGAAGAAGAACAAUUGGAAUGGUGCUGUCUGAGAAAACUGCAACAAAAGGAAGAAGAACUAGCUGAAGCCAAAAUGUACGAAGGUGAAUUUGACAUGUCAAAGGAGAAUUCGCAAAGUGCCUUGCAGGACAGUGGCCGGUUGGCCCAGUGUAUGAAACAUCUCAGGGACAUGGUAGAGAACCCUCACUCAGGAAUCCCUGGGAAGAUUUUUGCCUGCUUGUCGGUCUCAUUUGUGGCUAUAACAGCAGUCAGCCUCUGUGUCAGUACCAUGCCUGACUUGAGAGAAGAGGAGGAUCGGGGUGAAUGUUCCCAGAAGUGCCAUGACAUCUUCGUAUUGGAGACAGUGUGUGUGGCAUGGUUUUCCCUGGAGUUCAUUUUGCGCUUCAUCCAGGCCCCAAGUAAAUGUGUAUUCAUGAGAACUCCGCUGAACAUAAUAGACAUGAUGGCCAUCUUGCCUUACUACAUCACUCUUAUAGUGGAUGCCAUUUCCGGAGGGAAAAAGACAGGAGUGGCUGGAAACAAAUACCUGGAGAAAGUAGGGUUGGUACUUCGUGUACUGCGAGCUUUGCGCAUUUUGUAUGUCAUGAGACUUGCUAGACAUUCCCUAGGUCUCCAAACGUUAGGCCUCACUGUCCGAAGAUGCACUAGAGAGUUUGGACUCCUGCUUUUGUUUUUAUGCGUUGCAAUGGCACUGUUUUCACCUCUUGUUUAUCUAGCAGAGAACGAACUUGGAGCCAAGCAGGAGUUUACGAGCAUCCCUGGGAGUUAUUGGUGGGCAGUUAUUUCCAUGACCACUGUUGGCUAUGGAGACAUGGUUCCUCGAAGCAUCCCAGGACAGGUGGUCGCAUUGAGCAGCAUAUUAAGUGGCAUCUUGCUAAUGGCCUUUCCGGUUACGUCUAUCUUUCAUACUUUUUCCCGCUCAUACACAGAGUUAAAGGAGCAGCAGCAGAGAGCAAGUAGACAGUUAUAUAGACUGGGGGACAGAGAGCAAAGCACUGCAAUGGAAUCGUAGUAAUGCUGACUCAACAGUGAUUAGGUGAAUGGAUCCCAGGGACUUGAGUAUUCAAUUUUUUACUCUCUGAUGUCGGAACUGCAACUAUCAGA